AAUGUUCAUGUCUGUCGUGUAGUCAUAUGUGGUAUACCUGGGAGGACACUCGCACGGGCUCCAACCUUCAUCGGUCGAUCUCGAAGCCGUGACGGAGACCCACUACGACUUCCUUGGAUCGUUCUUGGGAAGCCGGGAUGAUGCACGCGAGGCAAUCUUUUACUCCUAUACCAGACACAUCAAUGGUUUCGCUGCGAAUUUAGACGAUGAAGUAGCCUUCCAGAUUGCAAGGCAUCCCGAGGUAGUUUCAGUUUUCAUGAACAAGGGAAGGAAACUACACACGACUCGAUCAUGGGAAUUCCUCAGAGUCGAGCAGGACGGCGUCGUUCCGUCGAACUCGAUAUGGAAAAAGGCCAGAUACGGCAAAGAUACGAUCAUCGGAAACCUUGACACCGGUGUCUGGCCUGAAUCCAAAAGCUUCAGCGAUGAUGGCUAUGGACCAAUUCCAUCGAAGUGGAAAGGCAUUUGCCAAAAUGACAAUGACCCUCGUUUUCACUGCAAUAGGAAGCUAAUUGGAGGAAGGUACUUCAACAAAGGUUAUGCAGCCGUUGUAGGUGCCAAGCUCAACUCUUCCUUCGACACACCACGAGACAACGAUGGUCAUGGAACCCAUACUUUAUCGACCGCUGGGGGUAACUUGGUAGCCAAGGCAAGUGUUUUCAGCUUCGGUAAUGGGACGGCGAAAGGAGGGUCACCUAGAGCUAGAGUAGCGGCAUACAAGGUGUGCUGGCCACCGGUUGAAGGAGAAGAAUGCCUCGAUGCAGAUAUACUGGCAGCUUUCGAUAUGGCCAUUCAUGACGGUGUCGACGUGGUGUCUGUGUCGCUGGGAGGAGAUCCGGUUGACUUUUUCAACGACAGCACCGCGAUUGGAUCUUUUCAUGCCAUCAAACACGGCAUUGUUGUGGUCUGCUCAGGAGGGAAUUCAGGACCUGCUGAUGGUACUGUCUCGAACCUCGCUCCAUGGCAGAUCACAGUUGGAGCCAGCACCAUGGAUAGGGAGUUUCCUAGUUAUGUUGUCCUCGGUAACAAUAUGCGCUACAAGGGACAAAGUUUAUCACAGAAAGUGUUGCCACACCAGAAGCUCUUCCCACUCGUAAGUGCAGCCGAUGCUAAGUUGGCUAAUGCAUCAGUCGAAACUGCAUUGUUAUGCCAGGCAGGAGCCAUCGAUCCCGAGAAGGCAACUGGAAAGGUGUUGGUAUGUCUUCGAGGGCAAAAUGCGAGAGUUGACAAGGGUCAGCAAGCAGCUCUGGCUGGUGCUGUGGGCAUGGUCCUUGCUAAUGAUAUUCUCUCGGACAACGAAAUUAUAGCAGAUGCUCAUGUCCUCCCUGCUUCACACAUCAAUUACACUGAUGGUCUCUUGGUUUUCGCUUACAUAAAUUCGACAAAAAAUCCCAUUGCUUAUAUUACACCGGUAACCACUCGAAUCGGCACAAAGCCAGCCCCUUCCAUGGCAGCAUUUUCAUCAAAGGGACCGAACACGAUCACACCCGAGAUCCUCAAGCCUGAUAUCACCGCACCGGGAGUGAGUGUUAUAGCCGCAUUUACAGAAGCAGCAGGGCCAACAAAUUUAGAUUUGGACAAGCGCCGAGUUCGAUUUAACUCUAUAUCAGGCACUUCAAUGUCAUGCCCUCAUGUUUCAGGCAUUGUUGGCCUUCUUAAAACCCUUUAUCCGAAUUGGAGCCCUGCAGCAAUCAAAUCAGCUAUUAUGACCACUGCAACCACAUUGGAUAAUCUGAAUGAGCCAAUUCUGAAUGCAUCGAAUAUCAAAGCAGGACCGUUCAGCUACGGUGCCGGACAUGUACAGCCGAACCUUGCUAUGGAUCCAGGACUUGUUUAUGAGUUAGCCACCACUGAUUACCUAAACUUCCUUUGCACUUUGGGGUACAAUGAAACGCUAAUUUCACUGUUCUCAGACAAUCCCUACAAGUGCCCGAAGCCAAUCGACCUCGCCAGCUUCAACUACCCUUCAAUCACUGUCCCUAACCUAGUUGGAUCCAUUACAGUAACUAGGACCGUUAAGAACGUCGGUUCACCAGGUAUUUACAAAGCUCAAGUGCGGCGACCGACAGGAAUUUCGGUUUAUGUUAAGCCCCGCAAAUUGAAGUUCGAAAAGGUCGGUGAAGAAAAGACAUUCAGUGUUACCCUCAAGGUUAAGAAUGCUCGUGCAGUUAAGGAGUACGUAUUCGGAGAGCUGAUAUGGUCUGACAAUGUACACUAUGUAAGGAGUGUUAUAGCAGUGAAGGCAGUCUAAAG